AUGCCUAAAGGAGGGAUAAAGAAGAAAAAAUAUGACGUCAUUGUUUAUCAACCUAAAGAAGCGAAUCCCUCUUCCAAAGUAACAAAUUGUUGCAAACCACUGUGUUUCAGUUCUCAGAAAGCAUACAUGACCAGACUUGUCAGCAACAAGCCACUUUCUGCCAUGGCAGAUCACAAUCUACUUUCUCAGUCCAAGGAUAAUAGCGUUGGCCAGAACCAUAACCAAGAAGAAAUAAUCCCCAAGUUGGCCAUGCAGCUAAGAAAUAUUGGGGACACCAUCAAUCGUAGGAUGGUUCAUGAGGAUCUUCAAGAAGAAGGCAGAGAUGCACUGGCUCGUUUUGUCAUAUUUGUCUUUGGAGGAGUUGAUAGGUUCCUGCACUUCCUCUGGAAUAACCACUUGAUGUAA